AUAAUAAUAAUAAUAAUAAUAAUAGCCAUCAUAAUAAUGUCAGUAAUAAUCCUAAUAAUAAUCCAGAAGAUUCUAGCACAGAUACUUCAAGUUAUCCUUCAUCCGACAAUUCUCGGUCCGCCUCAAGUGCAUCUUCCUCCAGUACUGCUACAUCCAUACCGACGUCUUUAUCUUCAUUAGGUAUAUCCUUAAAUAAAAAGAUUGUUAGUUCUGUAGGGAAAAUAAAUACUUCCACUCCAGUUAGUCCAACUUAUCCACCUGAAAAUAUAAGGCAAAUUAAUAAUAUGAAUAAUUUACCUCGAAGUAAAAUCAGUAAACGUUAUUUAAAAGAUAAGAGGUUUGUUAAAUUAGCCAUAAGAAGAAAAUCUAUUACAAAAAAAUUAGGCGGUAAUCAUGGGGGUGGUAAUGAAAAUGUUGCAUUAUCACCCAACGAUCUUUACUUCAAUAUUCCACCAAUAGGAGCUACAGCCUUUGGUAUUAGUGCUAAGAAACAAUCCCAAACUCAUUCAUCUAAUGCAAGUCCAAUAUCAACCCAUUCCAAACUUCAUAUUAAAUCUUUAGAGGCAGGCCUCAGAGUAAAGUUGACCAUGGCUGAUAAUGUCAUUUCCUUAUAUCAUUCAUUGAUUCCGUUCACCAGUAAAAAAGAUAUUCAAUUGAUAUUCAAUCCUGAUACUCCUAUAUCUUUUAUAGGUGGUGACUCAUCCUCCAUUGGUUUAUCUCUGGCUUCUAAAUUAUCCAAGAAAGCAUUGGUGUCAAAGUCCGUACAGUUGAUUGAUAAUAAUUUAGUCAAUUUGUCAGAAUAUUCCAAUAAGAUAUUGCAGCAAUUCAACCUAUACUCCACUACCAAAACUGGUAAUGCCAAUAACUCCAAGGAAAAGGAUUCCACUUCAAUUAAUGUACCCAAUACUGGAGCUUCAUCUUCAUCUUCAGUAAGUACAAAUUCCAACAACAGUAUUCCUACAUUUAACAAUUUGAAUACAGCCGUAAGCUCACUUUUUAAUGUCAAGGAAUAUUCUCUCAUCAGAGUCUCAAGAUCAACUACUGAUGAUAGUGAUGGUUCGAUCAUUUUGAAACUAGAGACUUGUAGACCAGGAGACUUGAAAUUGAUUGAUGAUGCUGAAUAUUUGGAUGAAAUGCUUUACAGUCUUGGUAAACCAGGUGAACCACCAACUAACUUAUUCAUCAAGAAAAUUAUUGCUAGACCAAGAUAUAAAUCAGAUAUGAAGAUUUAUCUUAUUCCUAACACUUCUAGUCUGGAUUUCACAUUAUACACUGACGAAAGAAUGUUUGAACGUGAUCUAUAUAAUGGAGUUAUUGAUGUUGAAUUUGAAGAACAAAAUGGCGAUAUUAGACUUGUCAAGACAGGCACUAGAGAUGUAUUUGUAACCUUUCCUUUCGAAGGAAUUGUUCGAGAAUACAAGAGAUUAAUUGAUUUGUCAAAACAUGAAGCCGAUGAAGAUUCAAUAGAAGAAGAACCAGAGUUUGAAGAUGAUAAGCAACCAACUUUAAAUCCAUCUCCAACCAAUCUUCUGGCACUUGCAACUCCUAUUCCAUCACACAUCACUCCUCCGCCACCAGUGCCUCCAUACAAUAUGUUACAACAUCAAAAUUAUAGGGGUCUACCCCCCGUGAAUAUGGGUGCAAAUCCACUUGCAUUACCGCCACUUGCCCAGCAUUUGAUGAAUUCUUCAGGUCCUCAGCCUAAUUCUUUCCCCUCUCCUCAAGGUCCACCUAACUUUUCAGGUCCAACACCGCAUGGAUUCAACCAAUCCUUACCUCCAGUACAAGUAUUUCCUCAAGGGGGGUAUGGGCAUCCAUUAAAUGCCCAACAGGGUUUCCCUCAAUUACCGCCACCACCACCACAACAGCAGCAUUAUGUGCCUGGACCACCUGCACAACCACCUGCACAACCACAACCACAACCACAACCACCAUAUCCUUAUGUAUACUACCAAUCACAACCCAAUACUCCACCACAAGCACCCAAUCAUCAUCCAAAUUAACCAUAGCAUUACUAGUCAUUUAAAUCAUAUAUCAUUUCAUAGCUUGUUAAAUAUUUCCUGUAUUAUAAACUGUUCUUUACAUUAACCUAUUUAUUCUUUGGGAGGUUCUUUACUAUUGUUAGUCUUUUUUGUUGUUGCUCCUUAACUGGCAGUCCAAUUAUUUAUUUGUUAGGGGAGGUUGUAUAUCACCUCGGUUUGCAUUUUUAUGUAUUAUUGUUAACAUUUAUAAUUUCUAUAUACAUAUUUAUUUAUUAAAGGUACCUAUUUUGGGCAAAAUACUAAAUGUACGAAACGAGAUUUAUUUCAUUUA